AUGAGCGCUGCCGGACCCUCAGCAUUGGACGACCAAGUGCUGCGCUUGCGCGGCACCAUUCCGGGCGCGGGGCCGGCUAGUGCGGAAAUGCGACAGCGAGAGUUCGAGUUUUCCAGCGUUCCAGGCUGGCAGAUCAAUGGGCGGCCAGUCUGCGUGAAGGCGCGCCAAGGUGGCCGAACUCGCCCAAGCGACCGGGCUCUAUGGUUCGAAGACGGUUGCUGGUUCUCUGGAUGGAACGAGGACUUCGUGAAGCGGCUCAAGGCGGGCAAGCCUUUCACGGUCAGGAAUCCUGCGGACGAGUUCGUGUACAGCACAUGGCGGUCAGAGGAGACCGAUGUUAUGCAUCCCAAGGACGUCAGGCACUGGUACUUUAGCGACGGCCAGACGUGGACGCCGACCACGCUCAGCAGCGAGCGCGAAGCGGCGGCUCAGCUUCACCGGCAAGGGAGCAAGAGUGCUGCAGCAGGCGAUCCGCCGUGGCUGGUUUCCAAGGCGCUCGCGUUGGCGAGCGGCGAUAGCGACGCGCUGUACUCGGAGCUGGCCGAGCUCAACAAAUGGAGCAGUCAAGAGGAGCUUUUGAACGUGCGUUUUGGCCUGUGGCAAAAAGGCCAAAGCACGUGGACGCCCUUGACCUGGCUUUGCAGUGUUGACGGAAUCGCCGAGGCAAAGACGCUAGCUGCGCAGUGGAGAAAGAUGGUCGAGCUCGACUCGGAGGACGAGGAUGUGCUACGGCGACAGCUCUCAUCGCAUCAAGAGGACGACUCGGAAAGCGACAACCUUCCCUUGGGCGUGGCCCGCCGCCACGCCACGGCGAUCACGGCCGCCAUGCUGGCCGCUCAGCACCUCCGCCUCACCACGGCGACCGAGCGCCUUACCACGGCGGAGGUGGCGGUGGGUUUGGCGCUCCGCGCGAAGGUGUGCGCUACGAUGUCGAUCGCGGCCGGCCCCCGCGCCUCGACGACCGCGAACGGCGCGGCUUUCAUGACGCACGACCUCCACCUCGUCGUCGCUAAACGCUCCCCGCUCGAGCGAGCCGGUGUCACACAAAUCACAAUGCGGUCGCAUUUUAUGUUUGCUUAG